AUGAAAUCUCGACUCGAAAAGGUCGAAACCGAUAUCCUUACCGACCAGGUACUGAAGAAGGCUUCAUUACAGGAACCAGAUUCUGACCACGAAUCCUCUCAAGAUAAUGGAGAUGAUUCUAUUAACAACGAUCAUUUCGCUGAACCUUUCUUCUCCAAGAUUGGUAAUCACCCAUCUACUUCAGAAGAUCCUGAAGUAACCGUAAUUUGUUCAGUCAGACCUCAAAGUCAUCAUAUACCUGUUAGAAUUAUAGUUAAUAAACAUUUUGUUAUUAACAUAGUUACUUUGCUUGACAGUGGUGCAGAUAGUAACUGCAUUGUAAAAGUGCAAACUUCCUUUGCAAGGAAGCUUCUUGACAAUCCAUUAUUACCCAGUUUUCCUAACUUCAACGGUGGAUUCGACCAAAUUUUAGGAGGUCUUAGGGUUGGUGGUAAUGGUGGCGAGGGAGGAGGUGAUGGUGGCAGGGACGGAGGUGGUGGAGGUAGUGGUGUUGGACUUGGGGUUGUAUUUGGAUUUGGCGAGGGUCAUGGAUCAGGUGAAACUGAUGGAUUUGGCCGAAUUGUAGGAGGCCUAUUUGGUGGCGGUGGUGGUGGUGGUGGUGGUGGAGGAGGAGGUAGUGAUCGUGGAUCACAUUUUGGCAUUGGAUAUAGUGAAGGUCAUGGAUCCGGUGUAAACGGUGGUGGAGUUGGUGGUGGAGAAGAUGGCAGUUAUGUUAGAUCUGGUUUUGGCAUUGGAUAUGGAGAAGGUCAUGGAUCGGGUGUAAAUGGCGGUAGCUGUGGUGGUGGUGGUGGAGGUGAAGGUGGAGGUGGUGGUGAUGGUCAAAAUGGUGGUAGUGGUUUUGGUGCCGGAGGAGGAUGGGGCAAUGGUGGUGGUGGCAAUUGA